AUGGCAUCGAUACUGGACACUGGAGUCUCCAUUGCCAUCCUGAGAUCGCAUAAUCCAAGACAAGGGGUGCUCGCUAAAGGCGCCGAAGCGCUCUCAGGAUUUUUUGAAGAUUGCCGUAAUGCAUUCCAUCAAGACUACAGUAAGCCGCGCAAACGUGCAAGACUCGAAUCUGCGGAGAAUCUGGAGCCAUCACAACCUGUUCUUGGAGCAGGAAUAACCAUCGCUCGCCUCGACAUCAACCUACGGCCAUCUCCAAACACAACCAACCACAACGACUUAUCCAUCGUGACGGAAGAUGAUAUUGAGGUUGGACUCGUCGAUGCCCAGAAUCUGACCACUUCACAACCUGCUUUGUCUUUGGUCGGCCAUGCUGGCUAUAAGAAGAGUCCCACAUUGAGGGUUCAGGCUACGGAACCUAUCUCGCCAACCACGGCCGAUCUGCUCUCGCGCAUCCGAGAUCCUGCUGCCAUCGACAUUGAAAGUGCAGAAGCACAGACCCUUGUCAAAUCUCGAGCGACAUUGAUCGUCACACCACCGACUAUCUUACAACAAUGGAAAGACGAGUUGGCUCGACACGCUCCUGGUCUUUCAGUCCUGCAUUACAAGGGUGUAUCUGAUGUUCAGUCGUCCAAGAAAGGGGACCAGUCAAUUGUUGCGGACCUAGCACAACGUGACGUGGUCCUCACAACAUACUCUGUUUUAGCGAAGGAGGUUCAUUUCGCGGUCGAUCCUCCUGAACGUUCACUACGACAGCGAGAACGCAAACGCACUCGACCUCGCAGCCCUUUGGUACAGAUGCAUUGGUGGAGAGUCUGCCUCGACGAGGCACAAAUGGUCGAGUCAGGUGUCAGUGCAGCAGCUCAAGUGGCUUCCCUCUUACCACGAGAGCACGCCUGGGCAGUGUCUGGCACGCCCCUAAAGAAAGAUGUGCAAGACCUCUUCGGCCUUCUCAUCGAGGAGCAAAAUUACAAGACAUUGUUCGAGACGAUGUGCGAGGAGUGCGGAUGUCGUUCUGAUGGAUCUCCGCUUACUGAUAGCUGGGAUCCAGAGUCGCCUGUAUUACUGCAAAGGAUGCGGGCUUGGCUCUGUCAAUUACGACAAACUUGUCUGCACCCACAAGUUGGCAGCAGGAACAGAAGAGCACUAGGACGUGGUCAAGGUCCUCUACGCACUGUGGCCGAAGUUCUGGAAGUCAUGAUAGAUCAAAACGAGACGUCAAUCCGUACAGAGUCCCGUCUUGUCAUCAAUACCCAGCUGCUCAGGGGUCAUGUCAUUGGCAACGCAAAGGAUGAUGAACACAGAGCCGAGAAAGCUUUAGAAAUCUACAAAUCUGCACUCGAGGCAUCCGAGAAGAUCGUUGCUGAUUGCAGGACCGAUGUCGCCAAGGCAACUACUCACGGCGAUGAUCAUGAAAAGAAAGACAACAACUCCGAAGACCAUGCAUGUGCUUUCUUCGUCGGCACCUCAUACUUCCAGAUGAAGUCCAAUACCAACAUCACCGAGCCAGACUCAGCAAGAUUUCAAGAAUUGGAGGAACACGAGUCACGCUUCUAUGAUUCUGCCAAGGUGACUCGCAAGGAGAUUCUGAAUGAAGAGUCUUUGAAAGCAGAGAAGCUCAUGCAGAAGAUUGAGCAAGAGAAAGAUGUGAUGCUUGAGCGAUCCAGUUUGGCGACCAUGGAAAGUCCUGGAGGUGUGGAGAAUGUCAAGAUACCUCUGGUCGAUAAGGAUGAGGAGAACGUUGAGACCACCGGUGAUGAGUAUGAAGACUCAACCAAGUCCCAGGAUACACUUAAUGCAUACCUGGAUGCCCUGCGAGCCGUUGUUGCGGAUCGAUCGACUUGUAUCACAGGACAAAGCGCGCCUCUUGUUGAUCAAGAAGUAAAAUCUCUGGUUCAAAUGGCUAAACUAGGCCACGGACAUGCACCGGAGCUCAUACUCGAAUUACUCGCCGAGCGUAAUCGUUUGAAGCAGAAGCCUGAUGAUGUUUUGUCCCUGCGUGGCUUGGUGCACGAAAUCCGCAGCAUCGAAACAGCACUUGACUGGCAAGACGGAAACACGCGCGCUGGUGCUGAACUCCAGAUUGUCCGUGGUCAAGCAAAACAGCUUGGUAUCAUUGUAGAGAGGGAAACCAAGGUGUUGAAAGGUUUAGAGGAGAUGAUCGAGCUCUUCUCUGCUACGAUGAAUCAGCGUUUGGAAUUUUAUCGCCAAUUACAGGUUAUCUCGGAUACUGUCGCACCUUACAAAGAGGAUUGGGACGAGACCCUCGACGUGGGAGCUUUGGAAGCUGCGACGCGUCGACAUGACGUGGAAACCAAAGCACUUGCAGCUUUGAAGACGAAAAACCGUUUCUUACUCCAUCUGCGCGAAGAAAGUACCAGCUCGCAAGAAACACAGAGAAUUUGUGUCAUCUGUCAGGGCUCUUUCGAGCAGGGCGUACUCACUAUCAAGUCCAUCGACUUGAAUGGAUCAUUCGGGACCAAGAUAGAUAUCCUCGCUCGGCACGUUCUCUGGAUUCGCAAGCAUGACCCUGGUGCAAAGGCCAUUGUCUUCAGUCAAUUCAGAGAGUUCCUCGACGUUCUUGGCACUGCAUUUAAGCAAUUCGGUGUUGGUUACUCUCGCAUGGGAAAGCCUGGCGCUAUCGAUCGGUUCAGAAACGAUGCCGGUAUUGAAUGCUUCCUUCUCGACGCAAAGACUGAUUCAUCGGGACUCAACCUCGUCAAUGCACAAUAUGUCUUCCUUGCCGAGCCACUCAUCAACACGGCAAUCGAACUUCAAGCCAUCGCACGCGUGCAUAGAAUCGGUCAACAACGACCAACCACAGUCCACAUGUACCUGAUCGGUGACACAGUCGAAGAAGCCAUCUACGAAAUCUCGCGUUCUAAAUCUUCCACUCCUGCUUUGGGAGAAGCCGCAAUCGAUGCUGCCAACUCGCUUGAGUUGCAACAAGCGCCUGUUUCGAAGCUUCUCGUGCAGGGCAAAGGAGAUGGCGAGGUUGUUCUCAAUGACGAUCUGUGGAGUUGUCUUUUCAGUCGUGCUGCUAAGAGUCAGAGACAACAGCAACAGCCUGUGGUCUCUGCCGAGUUAGAAGCUGAGGUUGGAAGGCACUUGCGUGCAGAAGCAGCUGAGAAUAGACGUUAA